AACACAAAUAAAAUAAUAAUAAUAAUAAUAAUAAUAAUAAUAAUAAUAAUAAUAAUAUAGUAAUAAUAAUAAUUUAUAUAAUUGUGAUCAAAAAAGUAAAUAAACAGUACAGUUAUAUAGAUAAAUAUUUAUAAAUAAAAUCUUUGUGUAACAAAAUAAUUUUAUUUUAUUUUAUUAUUUUUUUAUUUAUUAAAAAAGUAAAUUAAUAAAUAUAUUCACCACACACACAAAUAGAUAAAAUUUUAACAUACACACUACACACUUCACACUAUUAUUUUGUUUUUUUAAUAUAACAUAAACUCUAAUUUAUGUAUCUUUAUUACAUAUAAUAUAAUAGAUAUAAAUAACCACCACACCAUCAAAAAAAAUAAUUUUACUUGCUAUUUUUUUUUUAAUAUAUUUAGCAAUUUCAAUAUAUUUUUUUUGUUGUUAAUAUAAAAUAUUUGUUUUUGUUUUUUUUUUUUUUUUAAAUUUUAUAUUAUUUAAUUUUUUAAAGUAUAAUUUUAAAUUUAUCUUUUCUUUUAUUUAUUGCUUCGCCCCAAAAACAAUAAUAAUUUUGUGUAGGUGGUGCAUGCACCAGUGUAAUAAUAAACAUCAUAAAUAUAAAAAAUAUAAAACAAUACAAACUAUUUAAUACAGCAAAAUAAUAUCUUUUUUAUAUAUGCCAAAAACAAAUUUAUAAAACAAACUAUAUUUUAUAUAUAUAUAAAGAAAUGGGAGAAUUUAAUGUACAAUUAAAAACUUUAAUAAAAAAGAAUUUAAUGCUAAAGAGUAAAAGCAAAUGUGGUCUAAUAUGUGAAUGUCUAUUCCCUAUAAUCAUUGUAAUGGUUCUAUUUGCAAUAUUAUUUAUGAUAAACUCUUUUAAGGCAGGAGAUAAUAUUUAUAGUUUAAAUGGUUUUAAUAGCAUGUAUUUUCAAUUAAAUAAUAGUAGUAAAUUAAUAUAUGGUAAUCCAGAUGGCAGUUUAACGAUACAGCAAGAAGGGGUUAUACAGGUUUUAAAGAAUCAAUUGAAAUUGGUUAGAAAUUCCAUCAAUGUAGACCAGGGUUUAGAUUCGAUAGAAGAUUCAUACUUUUUAGAGAUUAAUAAUAAAAAGCAGAUGGAGGAUUAUUUUAAAGAGAAUUCGAAACAAGUUUAUGGUGGAAUAUGGUUCCCAGAUUCCUCAUUAGCUUCAAAAGAUACACCAUUUAAAUAUAACAUAAGGCUGGAUAGCGAUGAAACAUUAAAUAACGAAGAGCAAGAAGUAAAGAAUGAAAAUGGUUUGGUUUAUGUCAGAGGAAAAUUUACUAAAAUUCAAAGUGCAAUGGAUCAAGCUAUUUUCGGAUUCUUUGGUUUAAAUAAAUCUCUAAAUAUUACAGCCCAAUUAUUCCCAGAUCCUUAUGUAAAGCAAUGGGAAAAAUGGAUAGAUGGCAGAGACCAAGUUUUUAAAAAUGCAGGUUCAAUUUUUGUUACUGCUGGUCUUUUUAUAUUUGGUUUCCGUUUAAUUACCGACGUAGUAUUUGAAAAAGAACAAAAAAUAAGGGAAGCUAUGAAAAUGAUGGGUUUAAAUGACUUGGCCUAUUUUCUCAGUUGGAUGAUAACCUCUCUAGUUACUGCGGUGCCAGUUUCUUUAAUUAUUUGUCUAAUUCUCAAAGGUUCUCAAGUUGUAUACCAUACAUCAUGGAUUGUAGUUAUAGUAACUCUCAUUCUUUAUGUCAUAUCUCUGCUACUUCUUGCUAUGGUGAUGGGUAUGUUUUUUGACAAAUCAAGGUUUGCAGGUUUAAUAUCAUUUAUAAUAGUAUUGGCCCUCAAUUUAAUUGGAAUUUUUAUAUCUUACCUCGAAUUUAGCCCCUCUGUAAAAUUAUUGUUAUCUUUAGUCUCUCCAAUCGCAAUUGCAUGUUCAUUUCACAUGAUGGCAGUUCGAGAUUUAACUUUAAUAUUAAAUGUAAAUUGGAACUAUCUAUUAAGCGAAAAUCAAGUAAUAGGAAUGCUAAUUUUAGAUAUUUUCCUUUAUAUUUUUUUAAUAUUUUAUUUGGAUAAUACUAUACCAAGUGAAUUUGGAACAAAAAAGAAAUGGAACUUUAUUUUCACAAAAUCUUAUUGGCUUGGAACUAGUGUUAGUGAUGAAUCUAUAGAUUUAGAAACAAAACAAAACGACGAUGUAGAAUUAAUACCAAUGGAUAUAAAAAACAAUGUAACCGUAUCAAUAAAGAAUUUAAGAAAAGAAUUUCAAACAGGUGAUGGUUUAAGAGUUGCAGUAAAUGAUUUAAAUUUGGAAGUAUUUCAAGAUCAAAUUCAUGCCUUUUUAGGUCCCAAUGGCAGUGGUAAAUCAACUACUAUUGGAAUGUUAACAGGUUUAAUUGAACCAACUUGUGGUACAGCUUCAAUCCAAGGCAAUGACAUAAGAAAUCAAAUGAGCAAAGUUAGAAGAUCAUUAGGAAUAUGUUUACAAACUGAUGUAAUAUGGGGUCAAUUGAGUGUAUUAGAACAUUUAGUCAUCUAUGCAACUUUAAAAGGCAUUACAAAGGGCAUAAAAAGAGAAGCUGAAAAAAUGGCAAUUGAAGUUGGUUUAGGUGAGAAAAUUCAUUCCCCAGCCUCAUCACUAUCGGGUGGUCAAAAGAGAAAACUAUGUUUGGGUAUUGCUUUUAUUGGCCGUAGUACUGUGUGUAUAUUGGAUGAACCAACAAGUGGUAUGGACCCAUUAAGCCGUCGUGGUGUUUGGGACUUCCUAUUAAAAUAUAAAAAAGGCAGAACCAUUAUUUUAACAACACAUUAUAUGGAUGAAGCAGAAAUUUUAGGUGAUAGAAUUGCAAUUAUAUCUUUUGGCAAAUUAAAAUGUGAUGGUUCAAGUUUAUUCUUAAAGCAAAAAUAUGGAUGUGGAUAUCUAUUGACCUGCAGCAAAACUUUAUCAACAAUUAACCAAUUUAAUACCGACCGUGUUACAAGGUUUGUGCAAGGAUUUAUCCCAGAAGCAACAGUCUUAUCAGAUGCUGGUGGUGAACUAAGUUAUAGAUUUCCCACUUCGAGUGUAAAAGAAUUUUCAAAUUUUUUUAGAGAAUUUGAUGAAAUGAUUGAAGAGUUUGGUAUUUCAACAUAUGGUAUUUCAGUAACAACAUUAGAAGAGGUAUUUUUGAAAAUUGGUCAUGAAGCUUCAAAUGAAAACUUUUUAGAACAAAUUACAAAAAAUGGUGAAGAUAUCAGUCAAGAAACAUUAAAGGCCAAUAUUGCAACCGCCCCAAAUGGUAUCACUGCAAAGCAACAAUUAAAAGGUUUAUUAAUUAAGCGUAUCCGAACCUCGCUCAAGGAUAUCAAAUCUUUAUUUUUAACUAUUAUUUUACCUCUUCUGUUUAUUGUCGGCUCUAUAAUUUUAUUAAAAGUCAUGGAUGAAGAGUUUUUAAUCUAUAACCAAGUUACAACUCCUCUAGUAAUGAAUGUUGGUAUGUUUGGUCCAAACAAUCAGGUUCCAAUUCAAGCACUAAGUGAAAAUGACUACAAGCUACUAAAAUCUUCGAGCCCUUACUCUGAUGAAUUUGUCCAAAUAAAAAAUCAAGAUACUGAAGAAAUGAAACAAUUCUUGAUUGAAAAUUACAAAAAAACUGCAGGUUCAAUAUCACUUUACUCUUCAAUUAUUCAAGAUCCAUUCAUCUCUUAUAAAGUUGGUUUAAAUCCAAAGAGAGUUCACUCAGGAUCAGCAUAUAUCAAUUUAGUAAAUGAUGCAAUAUUAAGAAACCAUACCGACAUUGGUAUUCAAUUAACAAGUAUGCCAUUUAACCAUGUUUUAACUGAUUGGGACAAAGCUGCACAAGGAAUGAACAUUAAAUCUGUUGUUUACUAUGUCGUUAUAAUAUGUGGAGGCUUUGGAUUAAUGGGGGGUAGCUUUGCUGGUAAUGUAGCUCAAGAACGUAUGAGCCGUGUCAAAAGAUUACUUUAUAUAUCUGGAUGCAAGAAGUAUAUCUACUGGGUUACAAAUUUAAUAUGGGACUAUAUCUUUGUCUCUAUUUUAAUUUUAAUAACAUGUAUACUAUUAACCCAGACCAACGAUAAAUACAAAGACAACUUUGGGCUAUUUUUUGUUGGAUUGGUACUAUUAUGCAUCUGUAUAAUACCACUUUCCUAUCUACUCUCUUAUAAAUUUACCACUCAUGCCAAAGCAACUGGAGCAAUUUCAGCCAUUCAUAUCGGUGUUGGUGUAGUACUACUAGUUAUUGUUUUAGUAUUACGUAUUCAAGUUAUUGUUAAACAAAAAGAAGUCCUUCAAGAUAUAUCAGAUAUUUUAGAUAUUAUCUUUUGCAUUGUUUCACCUAUUUUCGCAUUCUCAAAGAUAUUACUUUUAGUUUCCGAUUUUCCCGGUUCACUUAGAUUAGGACAGUCCAAAAUUGAUGAUUAUUGGGCAUUUAAAGCAGGCUCACUUCCAGUUAUAAUUUUAGCACUUCACUGCCUAAUUUGGAUACCUUGGAUUUUAUUAUUAGAUUAUUCGCCAGAAAUUAAAGGUUACUUAAAGAAUCCCAAAAAUGUUCCAGCCCCACUACCUCCACCAGAUGAAGAUUCAGAUGUAACUGACGAAAGAGCAAGGUUAGAAAAACUCUCACCUCAAGAUGAAGUAGUUCAAAUUAAAGGUCUUUAUAAAAUGUUCCCAGGAAAAGGUAAAAAUCCAGAUAAAAUUGCAGUUUACAAUACUACUUUAGGUAUACCACGGGGCCAAACAUUUGGUUUAUUAGGUUUAAAUGGUGCAGGUAAAACAACAACUCUUUCAGCACUUUGUGGUGAUAUUGUACCAACUUCGGGUGAAAUUUUAAUAAAUGGUUUUGAUUUAAUAACCCAAAGAUCUCAAGCACUUUCAAACAUUGCAUAUUGCCCACAAUUUGAUGCUCUAUCAGUACUGUUAUCUGCAAGAGAGCAACUAUGGCUUUACUGUAGAAUUAAAGGAAUACCUGAAGAAAAGAUUUCAAAUGUUGUAGAAUCAUUCAUUAAAAUGAUGGAUUUAAAUCGUAUUGCAAAUAGUAAUUGUGGUGGAUAUUCAGGUGGCAAUAAAAGAAAACUAUCAUUAUCAAUUGCCAUGCUUGGUGCACCAGCCCUUUGUUAUUUAGAUGAACCAAGUACUGGUUGUGAUCCCGUAGUACGUCGUUACCUAUGGAAUGUUGUAAGUGAACUUAGCAAAGUAUCAAGUAUUAUUAUAACAACCCAUUCAAUGGAGGAGUGUCAAGCACUAUGUGGUAGGGUAACAAUUAUGAAGGAAGGUAAAUUUAUGUGUUUAGGUUCGAUUCAGCAUGUAAAAAAUAAAUUUGGUUCGGGAUAUUCAUUCGAUGUUAAAUUUAAAAAGGAGUUUUUAGAAGGUGGAGUCCAACAAAUACUAAAAUAUUUCCCAAAUGCAAAAGUCAUUGACCAACAUGAUUUAAUAGCCUCCUUUGAACUACAAAACCAACAAUUAAAAGUUUCAGAAAUAUUCCAUAUCCUUCAAAACGACCUUGGUUCAAUUUUAGAUGACUACUCAGUUUCCCAAACCUCACUUGAACAAGUUUUCUUAAAACUAACAGGUGCCUCAUAUGAAAAUCGACUCAAUAAUAUAAAGCAAAUUAGUGACUAAUAUCACAUGAUAUUCCAAACUAUUAAAACUAAAUUUAAUAAAUAAUAUCACAAUUAAAAAACAAAUAAAUAUUUUAUUUGUUUCAUUUACCAAAAUC